AAGGGUACUGAUAGGUGACCAUCUCUGGGAACGUCGCAUGCACCGUAUGAGUUGGCAACGGAGCGGGCUGGAGUGCUGCGCUUCCUCCCAUUAGGCGCGCCACAUCCGUUUUCGUCGACCGCCAUGCCACCAGUUCGCUCAAUCUUGCCCAGAUCCCCAAAGGAGUGCUUGGGGUGCUUGUCCUCCUGGCAUGCUGAACGGUGAAAGCUGGGAACGCCAGACCCACACCACCACCCACCCCGGACUCUUACCCCUGUCUGCCCUGAUCGGAGGGGCGAGCGGGCAGAUCCCUGGGCGCUGGCCGUUGAGAGAGCCAGUCGCCAAUCAGACGACGAACACGCAGUCAUCUCCCCACAGUCGGCUGGCCGUCCCUCGUUCCAGCUCUCUCCAAACACACGCUCCACUGUUCUCCAAUUCUUCUCCUGACGCCCCUGGCCAAAACUCCAACACAGAAACAGUGGUGCCCCGAUGUCCUUGCGCGGCGUCAUCCCUCUCAUCUCGCUAUCUUGUCCCGACUCCAGCAGCUCAGGGGCAUGCCCGGGGCGACGACGUCUGUCAGCCGUCUAUGCUGGGCCUACGUCAGGAGGAGGAGCAUGUGCUCGGCGACGAUGCCGAAUCCUGCAGCCAGUUACACAGUUACACUCUCUCGUCUGCUGCCAAUGGCCUCGGCAGCCGAUGCUUCACUGCGACAUCAUCAGGAUAUUCGGCUAGUACUUCGAUUGCUUUCCGCAGUACGACCAAGUACAACGCCGCCCCACGUGCGGUAUGGCGGGGACAUCCCUGGUUGACGUGCAGCUGGGGAGCCAGGAACGUCUUGCGGUACCUCUGAGCGCUUCCCCCUCCAUCCCUCAUGCACCCCGGCCCUGGCGCUGAAACCUCAGGACAAGGAGGCCGCUCACUGGCUGGCUGAUGAGAGCUCAUGCUCCCCAGACGGCUGCGUUUUUUUUUUCUCCAAACGAGCCGCCUUCUCCGCGUCAAGCUGCCCUUCGGGACGGCGGGUUGGGCGUGACCUGUACUGAAGCUGAUAUUAAUAUGUGA